UGCAGAAUCACCCUGGCUUUGGAUCCCGACUCUGUCACCGGAGUGGAGGCAGUUUUACCGGGGAUCUCUCGGGGUAAACUAACUGUCCGUAAUGAUGGUUGCUUUCGGAUACAAUGCAGCAGCGUUGAUGUUGUACUCACUCGUGGCCUCCAUUGCUGCAAGCAAAGAUGGGAACAAGAAAGUCUCGAAGGUCCAAGAGGCUGACAGACAUCCCCAUGAACGUCAGCUCCAACUGAGGGAGCUGGUGUUUGUCAUCCAGAGCCAGAAGAACUCCUUCCAUGCCGAGCGAGCACAGAGACUCCGAGCAGAUCUCCUUUCACAAGCUGAAGCACUCCAAGCGAGCCUUCCAGCCAUCCUGCUCCUUCACACACUGUCUGGAAACGAUGGGGACUGGAGCAUUCUUCCCCUGCUGCCCUAUUUUUCCUCUCAAUUUGGAAAAAACUCUUCAUGGGUUGUGUUCCUUGAAGAGGAAACGAAUGUAAAACUGGAGAAACUCCACAGCAUCUUUAAGAAGUUUCAGCGCCAAAAAGAAUGGUUUCUUGGCAAGCCGCUUCAAGAUGACGAAUCCACCAUCAUCCACCAUUACGCCUUCGCUGACAACCCGUCUGCCUUCAAGUACCCCGACUUUAGUGCAGGGUGGGCCCUGAGCAUGCCACUUGUCAACAGGCUCUCCAGUAAAGUCCAAAACCAGCCUCUGAGGUCGGACUUCACCAUAGACCUCAAACAUGAGGUGGCGCUGUAUAUCUGGGACGAAGGCAAAGGGCCUCGGCUCACUGACGUUCCUGAACUGUGUACGUUGCCGGAGAAUUCAACUCAAGCCCGGCAGUGUGCCACUACUGUUAACACACAUUCACCACUGUGUGGUGAACCUGUUAAAAAGGAGAACAUGUUUGUGGCAGUAAAAACUUGCAAGAAGUUCCACACUGAAAGAGUCCCUGUGGUGAAGAAGACGUGGGAGAAACAAGCUUCACAUCUGGAGUAUUACAGUGAUUAUGCUGAUCCUUCGAUCCCAACCGUUGACCUUGGUGUCCCCAACGCAGACAGAGGUCACUGUGGGAAAACCUUUGCCAUCCUGAAAAGAUACGUGAGCAACGCUGUACCAAAAUCCGACUGGUUGCUCAUCGUAGAUGACGACACACUUAUCAGCUUGCCCAGACUACGAGCACUGCUCAGCUGUUAUGAUCCCACAGAGCCGGUGUUCCUUGGGGAGCGUUACGGUUACGGGCUCGGCCAGGGAGGAUACAGCUAUAUCACAGGAGGAGGAGGGAUGGUGUUCAGCAGGGAAGCAGUUAUCAAGCUCUUGGCCAGCGGCUGUAAAUGUUACAGUAACGAUGCUCCUGACGAUAUGGUGUUGGGGAUGUGUUUCAACUCUCUGCGGCUUGCUGUCACACACAGCCCACUGUUUCACCAGGCACGGCCAGAGGAUUAUGCCAAAGACUUUCUAGCCCACCAGACUCCCAUUUCUUUCCACAAACACUGGAAUAUUGACCCAAUCGCUGUGUUUUACAAGUGGCUGACUGACGAUGUCGAUGAAUCCAGUACAGAACAGCUCAGAAAAGCCUCUAAAGAAGAGUUAUAGCAAGCAGAGACUUUAUUGAGACUGAGACACGGACAGGCCAAUGGAGGUUGCAGGGAUUCGUGGAGCUGCUUGGACGCCUUUGUCUCUCUUUUUUUUUUUUUUUUUUUUUUUUUUUUUUUUUUUUUUUUCAGCUUGAUUGGAAAUUUCAGGACUGGACAGGCUGUUUCAUGGCAGACAGCACUGUCUCCUUCCUCCUUCCUAACCCUGAAGUGUGUGCAGUUUUAAAAGUCUCAGAGAAUAAAAAAGUACUCAGAAAUGAUUUUAAAAAAAAAGGUAUUGUCAAAUGUUGGACAGGAAAUGUGUGUGAAAUAUUUAUAAUUUUGUUUAAUAUUUUUUUUCCUCAAAUGUUGUAUAUUAUAUUACU